CCUCACAGAUUGAGGAACUCAGCAGCAGCCAGAAGGGAGAACAAUUCAUUGUGAAGUUUGAAAGUGAAACCUUGAAGGUUCCUUCUGUUGAGGAUCACAGUGACCUGAGUGACCCAGAAGUACCAGAGACUGAGCGGUUCCUCUCUCAGGACUCUGAAGUCCACCAUGAGAAAAGACACAUGGACUCAGAACCAGCUCCAUAUUUGAAGCUGAAAAAACUCAAGGUGUUUCAUAGAAACGGUGAGAACAUCUGCCAUGUUUCAGAGAAGCAGGCUGAAGCUGAAGGAACCUGUGGGAAAACUGACCUUAACAAACAUCAGGUAACGGUCCCUGCUGAGGAGGUCCUUAAUGAAACACGUGGCAAAGGUUUCAGGCAACCAGGCCACAAGAGAACUCACACAGAUGAGAACCCUCAUUCCUGUCAAACAUGUGGGAAAGGUUUCAGGUAUCGGAGUACUUUGUUGCGCCACAUGAAGACUCACACAGGUGAGAAGCCGUACUCUUGUGAUAUAUGUGGCAAAAUGUUCAGUGAACGGUUUAAUUUGACGGUCCACAUGAGAAUUCACACAGAUAAGAAGUGGUAUUCUUGUGAUACAUGUGGAAAAAAGUACAGGCAACAGAAGUAUUUGUUGUGCCACAUGAAAAGAAGUCACACAGGUGAGAAGCUUCAUUCUUGUCAAACAUGUGGGAAAAGGUUCAUGCUUCAGAGUACUUUGUUGGUCCACAAGAGAACUCACACGGGCGAGAACCCUCAUUCUUGUGAAACAUGUGGCAAAAGGUACAGUCAAAGGUGUGAUUUGAAGGUCCACAUGAGAUCUCACACAGGUGAGAAGCCAUAUUCUUGUGAAACAUGUGGCAAGAGGUUCUUUCAACGGUGUGAUUUCAAGGUCCACAUGAGGAUUCACACAGGUGAGAAGCCGUAUUCCUGUGAAACAUGUGGCAAAAGGUUCAGGCAACAGAGUGAUAUGAGGGUCCACAUGAGGAUCCACACAGGUGAGAAGCCGUAUUCUUGUGAAACAUGUGGCAAAAGGUUCAAUCAAUCGAUUCAUUUGAAGGUCCACAUGAGAACUCACACAGGUGAGAAGCCGUAUUCUUGUGAAACAUGUAGUAAAACUUUUGGCCAGCUUGGUAGUUUGUUGCGCCACAUGAGAAUUCACACAGCCUCACUCCUGUGAAACGUAGGAAAGGUUUCAGUCCACAGAGUGAUUUGUUGGUCCAC